AUGCCCCGACCCCCUGCUCGGGCGUUCGACGAGUACUUUAGGGCUUACUCGGUUGCGAUGCUGAACCAGAAGGAGCGGGCUAACGUGAGCUACGGAGGGAAGAUCAUCAUGCCCCCCUCGGCGCUGGCAAGCCUCACAAGACUGGAUAUCGAAGCUCCCUGGAUGUUCCAGCUCCGGAAUCCCUCCAACUCGGCCGCGACCACCCACUCCGGCGUACUCGAGUUUAUCGCCGACGAAGGCUGUGUCUACCUUCCCUACUGGAUGAUGAAGACUCUCCGGCUAGCCGAGGGGGACGCGAUUCGUAUUACGGGUGCAGUGCUACCCAAAGGCACGUUAGUGAAGCUCCAAGCGCAGACAGUCGACUUUCUCGACGUCUCCGAGCCCAAAGCCGUGCUCGAACAGUCCUUCCGCAACUACUCCGCACUAACGAUGGGGGACAUCAUCGAGAUUGCCUAUAACGGGCUGACGUUCGAGCUGCUGGUGAUGGAAGUCCAGCCCCUAGGGCAAGCGAUAAACAUCAUCGAUGUCGAUCUGAGCGUAGAGUUCGCUCCGCCGAAGGGCUACGUCGAGCCCGAGCGUCCGGCGCCCAAGCCGGUGCCUACGAUGGCCAGCAAGCUGGGGAUCGAUACUGGCAAGCAGGAGACUGUGGCUGAGGCAGCGGGGUUCGAGGCGUUCAAGGGUGUGGGGCAGGCGCUGAAUGGAAGGCGGACGAAGGGGAAGGGAAAGUCCGGACGGAAGAUUCAGGAAGUAGACGAAUUCAGCAGGAUCAUCCGAACUGACAAACCGAAGCUCAUGACGUCAGAUACCGUGGACGCGGAACGCAAAGUCCCAGCAGCGCUCAACCUCCCCUUUGGAAAACUCUUCUUCGGCUUCCCGGUCACUCCCCUGCGCCCAGUGGCUGAGAGCACACAAACUGCGCCUGCGGCGGCAGAGCAGGAGCAGACGUUCCAGGGUCAGGGGCAGACGUUGAGCGGCCGGAGGCCGAGAGGUGAUCGGCCCCCCCUUGCCCCUGCUGGGACUGCGGCCGCGGGUGCGGGUGGGGCGGGGCAGGGAGAGAAGAAGCCGGAAGAAGGCGAGAAGUGGAAGGGGAAAGGGAGGAGCUUGACGGGAAAGAGGGAAGUGAUCGAGCUUGAUUGA